UCUCCUCUGACUGCGUAUACGCCUCUUAAAUCACAUCUUUAAUCUUCGCAGCCAGCUUUGAAGUAUCCUCUUUCAUACUCACUCUCUAUUUAAGCCCGCCCACUUCAUCAGAACACACCACUCCACAUUGCAACCAAACCAACUUCUUCAUCCACCAACCUAAUUAACCCGUCCAUACUCAAAACUCACAGAGACUGGCUUUGUAAAUUAAUUGCCGGUUUGAGAGAUGGCUGAGGUUGAUGAAGUUAGCUCCGCCCCGAUUACGCCGCGGCGGGCGUCCGUGGCCCCGAGUCCACCGAUAUCAUGCCCGCCUUCGCAAUACCACUCGCCGUCUCUGACUCGCUCGCCGCUGCUCAUCCCUCCCGUCGACCAUGAAGUCACCGUCGCCGCUAAGACCCCGACAGUCAAGACGCCAAACAGGAUUCGGACGCCGCGCUUCAUCACGCCUCUUGGAAGCCCGAUCCGGAAGGCUCUCCACUUGACGAAGCUCGACCCGCGAGACGCCUGGCUCCCCAUCACCGAGUCCAGAAAUGGCAACGCCUUCUAUGCUGCCUUUCACUGCCUUUGCUCCGGGAUUGGGAUUCAAGCCCUUAUUCUCCCCGUUGCCUUCACCAUUCUUGGCUGGUCCUGGGGGGUCAUAUGCUUAACGUUGGCGUUCGUAUGGCAACUCUACACUCUUUACUUGCUGGUGCAACUCCAUGAAUCAAGCGAAACCGGAAUUCGAUACAGCAGAUACAUGCAACUCAGCGCUGCAACUUUCGGGGAAAAGCUAGCGAAUUUGCUGGCGCUUUUUCCCAUCAUGUACCUAUCGGGAGGAACGUGUGUGGCCGUGAUUGUGAUCGGAGGUUCAACGUCGAAGAUGUUGUUCCAGACGGUGUGCGGGCCCAACUGCACCGCGCAUCCAUUGACAGCGACGGAGUGGUACCUGGUUUUCACGUGCCUGGCUGUGCUGCUGUCUCAGCUUCCGAACCUGAACUCAAUCGCCGGCGUGUCACUAAUCGGAGCCAUUACCGCCGUCGGGUACUGCACCAUCAUAUGGGUGGUGUCGGUGUCCGAGGGUCGCCUUCCAAACGUGUCGUACAAUCCGGUGAGAGGCAAAACUCAGAUUGCAAGGGUUUUCGAUGUUCUGAACGCUCUCGGUAUCAUUGCGUUUGCUUUCAGAGGCCACAAUCUCAUACUCGAGAUACAGGCCACCAUGCCUUCAAGCGAAAAGCAUCCGUCGCGCGUGCCCAUGUGGAAGGGCGUGAAGGUCGCGUAUCUGAUUAUAGCAAUGUGCCUCUUCCCCCUAGCAAUCGGCGGCUACUGGGCAUACGGUCAUUUGAUUCCGGCCAACGGCGGUAUGUUAACGGCGCUGUACCAAUUCCGGGCUAAGGACAUGUCGAGGUUCCUGCUGGGAAUGACAAGCUUCUUCGUGAUAAUCAACGCGCUGAGCUCGUUCCAAAUCUACGCCAUGCAGAUGUUCGACGACAUGGAGUCGAAAGUGACGACGAGGUUGAAGAAGCCAUGCACGUGGUGGCAACGGGUCAUUCUCCGGGCCAUGUUCGGCUACGGCUGCUUCUUCGUGGCGGUGGCCAUCCCAUUCCUCGGCAGCGUGGCGGGGCUCGUCGGCGGGAUCGCUCUGCCGGUGACGCUGGCUUAUCCGUGCUUCAUGUGGUUGAAGAUUAAGAAGCCGAAAUCUUACAGCCCGGCUUGGUGGCUGAACUGGGGAUUGGGCGUUCUGGGGAUGGGGCUGAGCGGGCUGUUGAUUGCGGCUGGGAUAUAUGUGGUGAUUGACACUGGGAUUGAAGUUAGCUUCUUUAAGCCUCACUAAUUAAUUAAAUUAUUAAUCGCAUGAGUCUUAAAGGAGUAUGGUAUAUUUGUUCAUGUAAUUGUGGAUUUUGGUCUUUAGGAAGAAGGAUUUCAAUCUUGUAUUUUGUAAUAUGAUAUUGAUAUUCAAUGAAUGAAUCGUAAUACUAGUGUGAUUCAAUUAA